ACAGUUUCAAACAAUAUAAAUUUGUAUAAUUGUAAUACGUGCAUUGCCAGUAGCAAUGAAUAAUUGUACUUAAAAUAGUAUCAUAAUUGGCUUUUUGGGUCAUCAUCUUGGAUGAAAUAAUUAUAUUGCUGAUAAGAAGUGACAUCAGUUGUGGUAAACGGUGGUCAAGUGUCAACUACUUGUCAGCGUUGUCAGCUGAUGUAGAUGGAAAAAUGGCCACCACUGGAUUUGAGGAAGUUGAUUAUUCUUGUGACCUAUCAAAGUCGCCUGUAUUUACAGAUAGUGCACUUAAUAGCCUUCAUAGCCAGGAAACAACAGGUGUACCGCUUCAAACAGCAUGGACAUUUUGGUUGGACAACUGCUGGAGUACUCUGUGAUGUCCCUCAACUCUUGGUUGGUGGUGGUUUCUCUGAGUCAUACAGAAGGUCAAUUCCAGGAUCUACUGCAGCUGAGUACCAGGCAACUCUAAAGAAAAUCUACACUGUAAGCACAGUACAGGGUUUCUGGCGUGUAUACAACAAUAUUCCAAGUGCAGGUGAUUUGCAAGUGCGGUACAGUUACCACUUGAUGAGGAAUGAGCACAAACCUUUGUGGGAGGAGUCAUAUAACCAACAUGGAGGCACCUGGCGCCUCAAAUGCUUGAAAAAGGAUACGACUCGAGUGUGGAGGGAGCUGCUGCUGGCAGCAAUAGGAGAGCAGUUCAGUGAUAGUGUAUCAGAAGGUGAUGAAGUGUGUGGUGUGACAGUGUCAGUGCGGGAACGUGAUGAUCUAGUCCAAGUGUGGAACACGUGUGCCGAUUUAGCUCCUGAGGCAGAGGUGCUACACAAGAUUCAUAGACUAUUGCCAGAUGUCAGCUUCCCAACUGAAUUUUACAAGCCUCAUCAGACUCAUCAUGCUUAUGAAGGAGGAAAGUCAGCUUGAUUUCAGAUAUGCAUAGUACAAAUUAUGUGAUGACUUCAAUAAGAUGUGAUUACAAAUUAAAAGAAAAAUAUAAGCUACUUAUGUUCCUGCAUCUCUGCGGGGUCCCAAUUUCCCAUGUAUGUUGCUUUAGUUUAAUGUAAUCCUGUAAAGGCAUAGAAUAUUUGGUUUACAGUGAUGAACCAGAUUUUUCUGCAAAAUAGGUUCAGUAUAUUUUACGUUAAAAAUCAUUUAGCUUUGACAGAAAGAUACAUUGAAUGGUUUUUGAAACACAGUAAUGCAAUAGAAAUGAAAAUAUGUGUUGUAGAUUUAGGAAGAUGUUUUGAUUAUUGAUAGAGACUCAUCCUGAAAUAUGCAGUUCAUUAUGUUUAUGCAUUAAAAGCAGAAACUUUUUACAUGAAUAUCUUAGUGAAAGGCAAUGCUUUAGAAAAUAUUGAAAUCCAUUCAUUGUAGAAACUGUGAUUUGAUGUUAAAGAAUAAAGCAGCAACACAUA